GUGUGUGCUGCCCCGAAUGUCACAAAAGAGGAAAAGUGAUUUCCUCCUCGUCGUACGUUUUUUUUCCGUCGCGUAGUUUUUCUUCAUUCAUUUCGAACAGAACAGCGACCAGCUGUCGUGCAUCGUGAUAUCCGCUUCCGGGAAGCGUUUGGAACCGUGUCCGGGUUUUGCCAGUGCUUCGAAAUCAUUCUCCAGGAAGUGUCACGUCCUGGGACAAAGUUGGCAGAAAAAAAAGUCAAAAAUAUUCCACCAGCCUUCUCUCUGUCGGUGAGUGUGUGUUGUGUUUGUGUUGGUGCGCGAAAUAUAUGCUGAGUGUGUGAGCGAGUGAAGGCAAAAGAGAGAGAGAGAGAGAGAGAGCACCAUAUCUCUUGAUUAAGAAAAUUCUCUCGCAUCGACUCUUCUGGCGACAUUUACGCAAAACGCACUCGUAGCAGCCAACACAGUUGCCAGUACGGCGGAAUCCGGAAGAAAAUCAUGUUGCGUUGAGAAUGCCGAUACAGGCGCCCCAAUGGACCGAGUUUCUCAGCUGUCCGGUCUGCUGCAACGAGUUUGCGGCGAACCUGCGCCCGCCCAUCAGCCUAGGAUGCGGCCACACGAUCUGCCGCACCUGCCUGGCCACCCUGCACCGGAAGCAGUGCCCCUUCGAUCAGACGAUUAUAACGACAGAUCUAGAUAAUCUACCGGUGAACAAUGCGCUGCUCCAGCUGGUCAGCACCAGCAACACCGCGGUCAGCAGCCCCGGGAACAAUGGCAAUGGCGGCAGCAGCAGUAGCGCCAGCUCAUCGCUGGGAUCGUCCGCCGAUCCGGACCUGUGCUCGCCGAGCGUGCAGAACCUGUGUCCGGACGAUCUGCAGUGCUACAAGAUUGCCCGGGGCUGUAUCGAGGAGCUGGCGCUGUACCUGAAGCCGUACCCGAACGGGAACGCCGGUGGACUUCUGUCGCGUCCGAUGCAGCGCAAACUGGUCACCCUGGUCAACUGUCAGUUGAUUGAGGAUGAAGGACGUGCGCGAUCGUUACGUGCCGCUCGCUCGCUAGGCGAACGAACGGUCACCGAGCUGAUCCUGCAGCAUCAGAACCCGCAACAGCUGAGUACGAACCUGUGGGCGGCCGUGAGGGCACGGGGCUGUCAGUUUCUGGGGCCGGCCAUGCAGGAGGAAGUGCUGAAGCUGGUGUUGCUAGCGCUGGAGGAUGGAUCGGCGUUGUCGCGGAAGGUGCUGGUGAUGUUCGUGGUGCAACGGCUUGAGCCGCACUUUCCGCAGGCUUCCAAGACUAGCAUCGGGCACGUGGUCCAGCUGCUGUACCGGGCCAGCUGUUUUAAGGUGUCCAAGCGGGAGGGUGAUUCGUCGUUGAUGCAGUUGAAGGAAGAGUUCCGUACUUACGAGGCGUUGCGACGGGAGCACGAUGCACAAAUAGUACAAAUUGCGACUGAAGCGGGCCUCCGGAUAGCGCCGGAUCAGUGGUCCUCGUUGCUGUACGGCGACACGGCCCACAAGUCGCACAUGCAAAGCAUCAUCGACAAGCUGCAAACGCCGCAGUCCUUUGUGCAAUCCGUGCAAGAGUUGAUCAUCGCCCUGCAGCGAACCGGCGACCCGGCUAACCUGUCCGGGCUGCGGAUGCACUUGAAGCAUCUCGCCGGGAUCGAUUCGAACGCCGAAAAUCAUGUGCCAACGUGGCGCGAGUGCUCCACAGCGCUGGAAGCGGUCAAGCGGGUCGUUAUAGGCCUGGUUGACUUUGUACAGCACCACGGCAACCGGAAGCUGCAGGAACCGGGCCACCUAGCUCACAAUAGCAAGUAUAAAAUUAGCCUUUGCCGCGAUCUGAAUCUCCGGGGGACGUGUCCGCGUGGUCCGAACUGUACCUUUGCCCACUCGGAAGAGGAGCUGGAAAAGUACCGCACGAAGCUACGCACCAAGAACAUCCGUACGCCAAACGGGAAAGACCACGUCGGCGUCGGCGAGUACAUGGGAGAUCUCGGAAUGCCAUCCGGGUCGCAGCACGGCGGAUACCAUUCGUCCGGCGAGGAAGCUUCGCCAUUGCGUUAUCCAAAGUCAACGCCUCCAAUGCGAUACCUAGACAAAUCACCAAUGAGCAGUCACAGCCAUGCCAGCCAUGGCAGCAGUAGCAAUAGUAACAGUAGUCACAAUAGUCACCUAGCACCGAUCCCGGCCCCACCUCCGCCGCAUAUCCAGCCUCAUCAUCCUUCCUCCUAUCCGAACGUGCCACCCCAGCCAUCGCCACUUCAGCAGCAGCACGGUGCCAACGGAGGACGAAGUUUCAACUUCAACCCCAGCAUGCCGUACGGCGCACGACCUCCGCCCCCACCGAUGCAACCUCCGCCUUCCGUACGAGGAAACUUCAUCCGACCGCCGAACGGAAACUACAAUAUGGGCCAUCAUCCACCGCUGCCACCCAUGCCGCACAACGGACCGAUGCAAAACCAUCAUACAUAUCCCGGCAGCGGUGGCCAACCAGUUCCUCCUCCCCAGCUCGAACAGAUGCAUCCGCCGCCCCCUCCACCACCCAUGCUGAACGCUCCACCACCGCCGUACCUAGGCCAGGGCUAUCCGAACGAAUACCCAAACACCGCCGACAACAACAACAAAAUGGACCAACGGCGCCAGUUCAACCCGUGGGAUACCCAACAACCUCCACCCCAACAAUCCGGCCAUCCCGCUCCACCGCCAGUUAACAUGAUGGGCCACCAAACACCCAAAUCCUAUCACCCGCAGCCACCUCCGCCGUCCAUGAUGGGCAAAGUUGGCCACAUGCCGCCACCGCCGCCGCAGCACCAUCCACUGCCUCAGCAACAACAACAACCGCCACCUCCGUCGUUGGCACCACCUCCCCCGCAGCAACACCAACAACAAUCCCAUCCCAACGCGGGUAAAUUCUACCCCACGGCAGGAAACGGUCCGCUGCAUCACCACGUCGCCGCAGCCGCCGCCGCCGCCAAACAACGUGACUAUCGCGAGAAGCACCACAACGGAGGUCGACACAUGCCACCGCACGGUGGCCACUCCCAGCAGCAGCACCAACCGCCCCCCGUCGCAGCCUACGGCAACGGAAACCGAAGCAGCAUGCACACGCCACUGCCGCAGAAUCCGACGCAGACGACGCCGUCAAGCCAAACCAACAACGGCGGAACCAUGAUGAACGGCUACCACGGCGGAAGUGCGUUCCCGUUCAAUCGUAGCGAGGCCCAGGAACUGUUCAAAAUUCUCGGCUCGAGCAACGCGGCCGAGCUGGCCCAAUUCGCCACGAUGGCCGGUGCGGCGCAGGACAAAUUCGUUCGAUCGGACUCGCUGCUAGCGGACGACGAUCUGGUCAUCCCGGAGAACGACUACUCCAGCGCUGGCGGCAGUGUCACGGGCGCCAAGUUCGGUCCCAUUUCCCGCAUGACCAACAACCUGCUGGGUAGCGGCGCCGGCAAGCAACGCGGAGAGUUCCCCUUCGCCAGCAGUCUGCUCGACGCGGACUGGCUGCAAAACCUGCAGCACCAUCUGUACAACGAUUCCCUCGGGGAGCAGUCUUCGUCCAACUGUUCGUCCACCUCGUCGUCAUUUUACCAAAACUCGCACCCGAAUCAGAACCAGCAGCAGCACCAACUUCCGGUGAGCGCAGCUCACACCAACAGCAAACAGCACGAACCCAACAACAACACCCUCGAUCUGGAUCUGUUCCAGGUCGAUCGCAAGCUGGCCGACUACGGAACCGGCGCCGACAAUCAAUCGAACGUUACAUCACAACUGUUACAUCAUCACCAGCAGCAGCAGCAACAUCAACAACAAUCCCAACAUCAUCCCCACCACACGAUGGCGGCGGCCGCGGCAGCUCUGCUGUCAUCACAUCACCAUCAUCAACAGCAGCAGCAGCAACAACAGUUUGCCCAGCAACAUGCGGCGGCACUGCAGCAGCAGCAGCAGCACGUGAUGCAAAAGUUGCAGAGUGUGCUCGCGGAUCCGGUUCAGCGGUUCAGCGAUCUGAUGGUGAACGGCGGCGGUGGCGGAGUGCAAAGCGAGCUGAAGAUUCACAGCCUGAAGGAUCUGAAGGCUCAACAGACGAUGUCAUCGUCCGGUAUGUCGCCGGUCGUCGUCGUUCCCACGUCGUCAACCAUCGGCGGUGGCGUCUCUUCGGGUUCGCCAUCAUCGGCGUCUUCCGGUGCGGUACCGCCGCCGGCGGUAACCUCCACACCCCUGUGGAACAAUCUGUUCGAUCUGUCCGGCAUGAAGCAGCGCGAGCGGCAGCACGAGGGGGGCGACCUGGUCGGUGGAGCCACCUCCUCCUCGGACAGUGGCAAUCUGAGCGGGAGCACGGCGGGGCUCAACAGCAGCACGACCAGCAGCAGCAUGAGCAACAGUCACAACUGUAACAACAACGAGGACUCGUACGAGGCUGGCAUCGCGGACGAUAUGCGCGAGUUGGCACUGCGGCUCGAGUCCGAGCUUAACAUUAAUUAGGAGGAGGACGGUGGCCAACCAACCAAACACACACACACACACUCAUAGGAUUAACACGUACACACAUGCAUACACUUUGACUGAUUGUGAUCAACAUCUCCUAUAGAAGAAGAAGAAAACGCGGACGGCGGGGAAACCGAAACGAAAAAUGGGAGAGAAAAGAGUUAUAUUCAUAUUUCAUUAAAUGAAAUCCAAGAUCGCGAGAUACCAAUUUUAAAAAUUAUUAACGCAAAGUGCGCGAAAACAAAAGCGAUUAACGCGGCGUCGCGACGUCACCUCUCGGCGUCGCCUGUGUAGACACACUAUAUUAUUCAAUGUUUGUUUUAGAAACGUUUCUUUUCUGUUUUGCAGAAAACGUGUGUUUUUAGAAUAUAUAAUAUAUAUUUUUUCGGAUCGAAACAAAACUGCUAUUUAGGGAGAGAGGGAGAAGAAGAGAAAGUUACUCAGCAAGAAGAGGAGGAGAAGGAAGCAGCAAGCAGAGAAGGUUAGGAAGGACGUAGGAAAGAACCCGUUUUCUAGGAACUUCAAGUAAAAGAAUUAGCUAAUAUAUACAAAAUGGAAAGUAACACACAUUAUACAUAUAUACAAGAGAGAGAAAAAACUCGUUUUUUCCUAGAAUCGUGCGCUGACAGUAAAGAGAAACAGAACAAUAGAGAGAGAGGGAGCGUAGCAACGCAACUGUCAAACACACACACUUUAAAGCAAGCAAGCAAAAACAAAAAGUCUAGUAAAUCAAACAAAAGCUUAGAAGAGGAGCCAAGCAACCGAUAUAGAAAGCGUGAUAUAGACCAGGAAAAAUGGUGAUUCAUUAUUAUUAUUAUUGAUGGUUAUAUUGCAAAUUGAAAAUUAUAAUUAUUCUAUUUAUUAAAUGUUUAUAUUGCUAAAUAUUAUCACUUACUCGCUAUUCGUUAUUUGUAACUAGUAUUUCUAUUGAGACAAACAGAAGAAAAAAAUAAGUAAAAACAAGAAUUAUCGCUGGAAGCUUUACACACACAGACACAAAAAAGUCACUAUAAAGUGGUUUAGGAGAGAUGAAAACGGGAGCGCGUUUUAAUUAUUCGUAUAUGUUUUAGCUUGUUUUUUCGUUACUGCAAAACACACACACAGCAAGAAAAAAUGUAUAAUUAUGAAUUAUAUAUUUUUCACUUAUAAUCAAACGUUUACAUAGUAGCCAAUUAUUAACUCUUUUUAUUGUACACAAUAGCGUGUCCCAAAAAAACACGAAGUCGAGGAAUUCAAUGUGCUCAGUUCUCAAAUGAUAGAAAAUCAUGUUAGAAACAACUCUCUCAUACAUGAAAACUUUCGGAAAAAUCGUUUACCACGUUCCCUGGGCAUUUUUUUGAAAAAAGUCAGUUUUUUCGACAAUUUCACAAAAUCUGCUUAGAAAAAAUGGAAAAUUUUAAAAUUUCAAAUAGCCUAUACCAUUAAAUGAUGGUCUGUGGUCCAAUAAACAAGUUAAUGUAUCGAUUUGGCCUUUUAAAACCUUGUUUUUACUUUCCCGGUAGCUUUUAUGUCGAAAAAUACGAGUUUUUUCUUUACUUUUUUUCAAUCUUUUCCCUCGGUAUUGAACACAAAAAUUUCCUCAUAUGUGAAAAUACAUGCAUCUUGUAGGAAAUUUUCCGCCGAAGAUUUUCGUCUAAGCAACUUUGAAGUUUCAUCAACUCUGAGCUGAGAUAUUCCAGUGUUUGUGAAGAAAGAAUAUUGAAUAUUUGAAAAUGUUGAUAUUAAUCAUCAUUGGCAUACAAUAUUAAGGAUAAUUUAAGCCUAAUUUGAAGUGCGGCUGUAUCGCAUCUGUUUUGAAACAUGAUUGGUUCAUCCUUCAAUACUAAGGGCCACCUGGUGUUGUUUUCUCAUGGCACACUACGUGCUAAAUCAAUGAAUUACUUUUAGCAAAUAACUCAUAUUUAGAGCAUUUUGCAUUUAAACCAAUCGAUGCACGUUUGCUGUGUUUCCAUGGAUACAAAUAAACAAAUAACAAAUAUAAGGUUCAAUUGUACGCAUUUCCGUGAUCUGAACCAUAACGUAACGUUUACACUCCCUUCUUAUAACUCCUGUUGAUAAAUCCGAUGUUCAGGUAAAUUAGAAAUACCACUAAUAUUUGGAAUUUAUUCUAUAGGGAUCCAUCCAUUAAUCACGGUAGACAUUUUUUUUAAAUCUCAGCUCCCUCCCCUUCUCAUGGCCAAUUGUCCAUAAAAAAAACUUUUUUGGAUGGAGCGUGGACAAUUGCCAACCCCGUACAAUCGAACCAUAUAUUUCGAUGCCUCUGUGCUCUUGUACUAAGCUUACUGGUUUUCCUAUCUAGAUAGCAUAAGAGAGCACAGAUGCAUCGAUUUGUUAUUUGUUUAUUUGUAUCCAUGGAAACACAGCAAACGUGCAUCGAUUGGUUUAAAUGCAAAAUGCUCUAAAUAUGAGUUAUUUGCUAAAAGUAAUUCAUUGAUUUAGCACGUAGUGUGCCAUGAGAAAACAACACCAGGUGGCCCUUAGUAUUGAAGGAUGAACCAAUCAUGUUUAAAAACAGAUGCGAUACAGCCGCACUUCAAAUUAGGCUUAAAUUAUCCUUAAUAUUGUAUGCCAAUGAUGAUUAAUAUCAACAUUUUCAAAUAUUCAAUAUUCUUUCUUCACAAAAACUGGAAUAUCUCAGCUCAGAGUUGAUGAAACUUCAAAGUUGCUUAGACGAAAAUCUUCGGCGGAAAAUUUCCUACAAGAUGCAUGUAUUUUCACAUAUGAGGAAAUUUUUGUGUUCAA